GGGCCAUGGCUGAUCCUGGGAACAGAGGAGGGAUCCACCACCCCUUGAGCUUCACCUGCUCCCUGCUCAUUGUGGGAAUGUGCUGUGUAUCUCCUUUCUUCUGCCAUAGCCAGACAGACCUGCUGGCUCUUAACCAAGCUGAUCCUCAGUGCUGGGAAUCCUCCUCAGUGCUUCUCCUGGAAAUGCGGAAGCCUCGCAUUUCCAACACUGUUUCGGGCUUCUGGGAUUUUAUGAUCUACCUGAAGUCAUCUGAGAACUUGAAGCAUGGAGCACUGUUUUGGGAUCUGGCUCAACUCUUCUGGGACAUCUAUGUGGACUGUGUGCUCUCUAGGAACCACGGCUUAGGAAGGAGGCAAUUGGCUGGAGAGGAAGAGAAAAUCUCAGCAGCACAGCCACAGCACACAAGGAGUAAACAAGGUACAUAUUCUCAGCAACUAAGGACCUCCUUACUAAAGAAGAAAGAGUUGAUUGAAGAUUUGAUAAGCAUGCAUGUGCGUAGAAGUGGGUCUAGUGUUAUUGGAAAAGUGAACCUGGAAAUAAAGAGGAAAUAAAUUGAACUCAGAGCUAAUUCAUGCUUUGGAAUUAAAUAUACAAAUAUAUAACAUUUUCCUU